AUGGACUCCAGUCAUAUGUGUGUCGGCGCCCUUGUGCUUGCGCCAUAUAGACUCCAAAUCAAUCCCCAUCCUUCGUCGCCGCUGCCCAAUCGAAUGCACCGCACAGCCUAUGCCUUGGCCGAAAUAACUGGCAUUCAGGCUUCUUCCGGAACAGCCAGCAUCUCCUUCCUGUUGUUGGACCCCGGGGCUGACGACGAUGCGGUUUCUUUGUUUGACCUUCUGCCCUGCCCCCCGCAAUAUUUACGUCGGUUGGCUCUUUUCAAAAGCAGCAAAAAGCACAAUAGCAGACCAGGGCCCGACGGCGGGACUAUCCAGAACGGCGACACGGCGGACGAAGAAAAUGGGGACGAUGCUGUGGCCGAUGGCUGCGAAUCACCGCAAUCACCGAUAGAGUACCUCUUACAGGAUUCGGUGCAUGCUGGUCUUGUUCACCCUGAUCGGGCCUAUGCCACGUGGUUGCGGCAAUUUGAGCUGUUUGACGACUCUUCCAACACCACCGCCAGCUCCAGAAGCGCGGGAGCUCAAGAAGGUCGAGCUGAAAAACGAACUAGAGCACUAUCAAGCAUCGAGGAGGGCAUUCACAAACCGCAUUUCCUGUUGCAGAGAAAAAAAUGCGAAAACGUCGUCCGCCCCACAGUAACGUCACCAUCACUUUUAGACUCCCGCUCCGACCACCCUGCUGCCACUAGUAUUGAUCCUGUGGAUGGUAUCCUCACCGCAACCCACAUUCCUCCGAUGAGCAAGCACACAUUUUUUGCCAAUACUUUUCGUGAGGUGAAUACCAUUGUUGAGAAUCAGCUUCUUACCGCUUCAAGAUUGGAAAUGGAAACGAAUAGCAAGGCAAAACUGUUUCAUGGUGAGCAUAGUUGUGGUGAAAUUGGGUAUGUUGGCGUGCCUGUGGUACUCUGUGUGUUCGAUCACUACGAAAUACUGCGGAGGUUUGAGGUGUUCAUGUCGUUGCGGGGGCACAUUGUGUGGCCGAUAGAUGGUGUGAGUGAAAGAGACUCAGAAUUGCUGCUCGAUGCCGUGCCCGGUCGAAACCACUCCUCAGUCCCCAUAUGUCAGGGAAAAACUCCAAUUCCAGCCAUUACUUCGGCAUUCUCUACUGUAUGUAAGGUGUGGUUGUGCAUGUUACGGGAAGAUUCCUAUGGUGGGGAGUGGAAUCUUCUAAGGCUCUUGUUUGAUGCUCCCCCGAUAGAUUUCCUUCUGUUUGUACAUGAUACCGAGACUCCGCCGCAGCCACUGUAUCCUGCUGAUCCCAUAGUGAAAGCUGAAUCAAUUAUCCCCAAGCUUCUAACACAUUUGAAGGAGCCCUCGAGACGGCUGGUGGUGCGCUUCAGAGAUGCCCCCCAGACCGAAGAGGAAAUGACGACGGGCUCCAAGGUGAGGGUGUCCGGGUCGGUUUUCAAAGAUAACAAAGUCCUCGUCCCGGCCAGUAGAGAACAGCUGCUUUUAAUGCAAACGGUCUUGUCCACACCCAUUGCAGACCCAGUGUCAUCCCCCUUUUCGACCGACGCCCAUCGUCUCGGCCCCGCACUACUGGAGCGCAUCGCCCUUGGCAGCUUCACGGACUCCGCAGCCUCCCAUCUCUUCGCGGCCUUUGCUGGCGCCGCGGCAGUUCGACAGCGGCCUACCGACCACAAACACGCCCCUGCCCCCACCGCCUUCACCUCCAUCCCCGAGCUCCAGCGCAAGUUUUGCCAGAACCCCCUGGCCUUUGGCGAGGCCUUCCCGAUCUUCGCAGUGGCUCGGGCCAUUGUGCGGGAUGUCUGUUCCCGCCAGGCCGGCGGCCUCGGGCGACUGCCCCGGCUCGCGCUGGUCCUCCACCGCGGCAACCCCGCCGGGGCACCCCUGAGGACCACCGACGUCUUUUUGGCCAACCUUCGGCAGUACUUCGCGCCGUGGUGCGUGCACGAGGUGGGCCCGGCGGCCCCCCCCCAGCCCCACCCCAGCCAUGUCACCGCCGUCCCGACGUCGGUGCUUUGGGAUCAGCAAGGCGGUCUGAUGAUGCUGUUCAGCGAUGAGCGGAACGCCGGCCUCCACGACGAGGCGGAUGUGGUAAUCGCCUGUGGGAAGACGGCCGCGGCGUGGGUCGCGGCGAACGCGCGGCCCUCGCUGUGUUGUUUUGCGGUACUGUCUGAGGUGGAGGUGGCACCGGUACAUGACACGACGUAUACCUGGUUUCCAUUUGAUCCUGCUUCGAUAAGAACUGACCUCGCCGCACAGUCCUCGAUAGCGAAGCGAGAGAUCGUGUGGCGCCAAUUGUUGGAGCACGCAACCAAGUCAACACUGUCCUCCAUAUCGGCGAAAUCUAUACUUAAUUUGAAAGGUGGUUCAAAGCACUCCAUUCAGAUUCCAAAAGUUCUUCAACAAGCUCUUAUUUUAUAUCAACAUCUUACAGCAGACACAGCCAAACAAAGCGGUGAUCAUGAAGAAGAGGAUAGGAUCCCUAAUGGACCGACGGUGUGGCCAAACUUGUCUGCCUUUAUCAAGACAAUUGUCCUGAACUGCGUAACAACGAUGCCGGUUCAAAUGGUAGAACUGACUAUUAAGGCGACUGAUGAUGAAUAA